AUGGCACCUAAAUCGUUCAAUGUACAUGUGACUUCAGUAGAAAAUGAAUUCGAGUUUAGCAUAGAACCGAAUGCUACCGGUAAACAAUUAUUUGAUCAAAUUGCUAAAAAUCUUGGCCUUCGUGAAAUAUGGUUUUUUGGUUUACGAUAUACGGAUUCAAAAAAUGUUACUUGUUGGCUUAGACUUGAUAAAAAAAUUCUUAGUCAAGAUGUACAAAGAGAUGCAUCACAAACAGUACAAUUUGAAUUUCUUGUUCGAUUCUAUCCCGAAGAUGUUUCAGAAGAACUUAUUGAAGAAAUAACUCAAAGACUUUUUUAUCGUCAAGCAAAAAAUUUAAUUCUUGCUGAUGAAAUUUAUUGUCCAGCUGAAACAUGUGUUCUACUUGCUUCUUAUUCUAUGCAAGCUAAAUAUGGAGAUUAUGAUGAAAAUAAACAUCAGCUAGGAACAUUAGCUAAAGAACGACUUUUACCUCAACGUGUUCGAGAACAAUUUCGUUUAUCAAAUGAAGAAUGGGUAAAACGUGUUGUGAAUUGGUGGACAGAACAUAAAGGAUUAACAAAUGAAGAGGCAAUGCUUGAAUAUCUUAAAACUGCUCAAGAUCUUGAAAUGUAUGGUGUAACUUAUUUUGAUAUUCAAAAUAGAAAAGGUACUCACCUUUAUCUUGGCGUCGAUGCACUUGGCCUUAAUAUUUAUGAUACACAAGACAAAUUAAUACCUAAAAUUGGUUUUCCAUGGAGUGAAAUACGAAAUAUUACAUUUAAUGGAAAAAAGUUUUUGAUAAAACCAGCGGAUAAAAGUUCUCCAGAUUUUAUUUUUCUUACACAAAGACUUCGUAUUAAUCGACAAAUGUUAUCUCUAUCUAUGGGUAAUCAUGAAUUGUAUACGCGUCGUCGAAAAGAAGAUUCAAUGGAAUUACAACAACUUAAAGCUCAAGCAGAAGCAAAAAAAUUAGCUCUUAUUGAACAAAGAGAACGAGCUAAAACUGAAAAUGAACUUCGUAGACAAGCAGAACAAGAGCGUGAAGCGUUACAAAAAAAAAUAGAAGAACUUGAAAGAAGUACGCGAAUAGCUAGACAAGUACUUGAAGAUCAAAAUGGAAAGAGAAACGAAUUAGAAGAUAAACGUCGACAAGUUGAAGAAGCUGAAUUACGUUUGAAACGAGAACGAGAAGAAGAUGAAAGAGAACAUCAACGAAUGAUGGAACGAAUUCAAUAUGAACAACAGGAAAAUGAGAAAAUCGUAUGUCGAAUUUAUUUAUUGAACUUUAUAGUUAAGAGAGAGAGUCAUUCCUAAAAAAAAAGUUAAUUUUUCAAAAAAAACUCGAUUUCAAGAUUCAUACAUAUUCUGAUCAGAGGUCUGAAUGGGCCGGGUUGGGCCAAUAAAGACCAGCCCAUGGGCUAUCAACCUCGGCCCGGCCCAGCCCAGCCCAUGUUUUUUUCUAAAAAAACCGGCCCGCCCAUGGGUGCCCAUGGGCCAUUCAUCUAAUUGAUACUUUUCAGACAGACAUGUUGACUUGCCAUGCUAACUGAAGUAAUUAAGAUGCUAAGCACUUUAUCGUAUGGCGUCACGAGGUUUUUUUCUUUAAUUAAUU